UCUUUCGCUCGAGUGACUCAGUCACACGCGCGGCCGCCGCCACGAACCAUGCGCAGCGCCCUCCGCAUCCAUUUUCAUAUCCUCUCUCUAAAAACUCCCAAACUUUCUCUCUCUAAAAACUCUGUAACUUGCCUCCUCUCUCUCCAAACCCCUCGUCUCAUCUACUCCUCUGUCUCUCUCUCUAGCCAUGGGGUCACUGGUGGGAGCUCCAUGGCUGAGAAUCAGAGCUCUCCCCGAAGUCUCCUCCUCUUUCAUGCGCCCCUCUCUUCACUUCAAAUUCGAAACCCAUUUCCGCAAAUUCCUAUCCGUCUCUGCAUCUUCAAAUCCCAAUCCUCCUUCAAAUGGUGGAAAUGGAGAGGUUCGUGUUCGAUUUGCUCCUUCGCCCACUGGUAACCUGCACGUGGGUGGAGCCAGAACCGCCCUCUUCAAUUACUUAUUUGCCAGGUCUAGGGGUGGUAAAUUUGUUCUUCGAAUUGAAGACACUGAUUUAGAGAGAUCUACUAAGAAGUCUGAGGAGGCAGUGUUAGAGGACUUAUCUUGGCUUGGCCUGGAUUGGGAUGAAGGUCCUGGUGUUGGUGGAGACUUUGGUCCAUAUCGACAAUCAGAAAGGAAUGCUUUGUAUAAACAAUAUGCUGAUAAGUUGUUGAACACUGGUGAAGUAUAUAGGUGCUUUUGUUCCAAUGAGGAACUUGAAAAGAUGAAGGAGGUUGCUAAUCUAAAGCAACUGCCCCCUGUUUAUACAGGCAAGUGGGUGACCGCUACAGACAAAGAAAUACAAGAGGAGCUGGAGAAGGGAACACCUUUUACAUACCGCUUUCGAGUUCCAAAGGAAGGAUCCUUGAAAAUUAAUGAUCUAAUCCGUGGUGAAGUUUGUUGGAGCUUAGACACACUUGGAGACUUUGUUAUAUUAAGAAGCAACGGUCAGCCAGUCUACAAUUUCUGCGUGACGGUGGAUGAUGCUACCAUGGCCAUAUCACAUGUUAUAAGAGCUGAAGAGCAUCUGCCUAACACUUUGAGGCAGGCAUUGAUAUACAAAGCUCUUGGAUUUCCUAUGCCUAAAUUUGCUCAUGUGUCUCUCAUUCUGGCUCCUGAUCGAAGUAAAUUGUCUAAACGUCAUGGAGCUACUUCAGUAGGCCAGUUCAGGGAGAUGGGGUACUUACCAGAAGCCAUGAUGAACUACUUAGCCCUUUUGGGUUGGGGGGAUGGUACAGAAAACGAAUUUUUUACCAUGGAGCAGCUUGUUGAGAAGUUCUCAAUUGACCGUGUCAACAAGAGUGGAGCAAUAUUUGAUAUGACAAAGCUAAGAUGGAUGAAUGGGCAACAUUUGAGGGCCCUUCCAACAGACAAGUUAGUGAAUCUUCUUGGAACUCGCUGGAAGAGUACAGGGAUCCUUUCAGAAUCUGAAGGAACAUUUGUUGAAUGGAACAUACAGGAAGCAACUGAUUUGCUGAAGGAUGGGAUUGACUUGAUCGCUGAUGCAGAUAAAGCCCUCUCAAAUUUUCUCUCCUAUCCCUUGCAUUCUACUCUUGCAAGCCCCGAGGGUAAAGCAAUUGUGGAAGACAAGCUUUCUGAAGUAUCAGCCGGCUUGCUUGCAGCUUAUGACAGUGGGGAGCUUAUCACUGCCCUUGAGGAAGGUCACUCUGGCUGGCAGAAGUGGGUGAAGAGCUUUGGAAAGACACUGAAGCGCAAGGGGAAGUCUCUCUUCAUGCCCGUUAGAGUGUUGCUAACAGGGAAGCUUCAUGGUCCUGACAUGGGGGCUAGCAUCCUCGUGCUUCACAGAGCUGGCAGCUGCGGGGUAAUCAUGAAAGAAGCAGGUUUUGUGACAUUGCAUGAGAGGUUUCAAAUGUUAAGGGAAUUGGAUUGGGAAGCAUUGUCCAAGGAAUCUAUUGCAGAGCCUGCAGCAGCAGUGUCCCAUUAAGUUUUCAAAUGACUUUUUACUCUCUCUCUCUCUCUCUACUGACGUGGCCUUAUUGAAAGUAGGGCUAUUUCACUUCUCAAAUGGGAGUACUCUGCUUGGUUGGGCCAUUUUUGGAAGUGUUAGGAUCAUUGUGAAAAUUAGUGUGGGUGAGUGCUUCUAGCGUGUAUUUGUUAUUUGUAUGGUUAUUAAUGCUCCUAAUCACUUGUACUUUUUAUUUAGUAGUGAAAUUGUUGUUCUUGUAUGUUA